CCACACUUUGAAAACAGCGCUUAUGCUGGCCGGCUUUUUUUCUGUCAACUCAUCAUCUCUGCAAUUGAACUUUUUCUUUCUUUAAUCACCGUUGUUAGGUUUUUAGCUGCUUGAGUUGUUGAGUCGUUUCAGUUAUUGCCGUUUGUACGGGUUGGAUUUGUGUCAAAUUAGGACAGAAAGUGCAAGUAAUUUAGUGCGUGGUGCAGCGAAACCGUGAAACGAAAUGACCGAUAAAAGCCAAUAUGUUCUGCCGAAUUCACAGCCUAUAGUGGAAUUGGACUGUGCCACGGCAUUCAAAGCGCUGACUGAGAAGGAAAAAUUGUACGCGCAUUACUUUAGCCAGGCAUCCUGGUCUGGCGGUUUGAUAGCAUUAGUUCAAUCGAGUCCGGAAUCACCGUUAAUAUUUUCACUGUUACAUCGAUUGUUUCUGGCAGAGUCGACCGCAGAACUCAAAAAGGCAGCGUUAGAGGCAGGUGUUGGCGAAGAUGAAUUUACGGCAUUUCUGGUGUAUGCUUGCGGUUUUCUGGCGAAUGCUGGAAACUAUAAAGGUAUGGGCGAUAGCAAGAUUGUACCCAAUUUAGAAGAGGAUAAGUUCGAGUUGAUUGUCAAAAAUUCUAAAGCGUUCAAAACGGAUGAACCAACUGUAGGGCGUUUGUGGAAUCAAACAAAAAAGCCAAUUUUCCUACUGUCGGAGCGUACGAAAACCCUUGGUCUUUGUGAUAAGGGUGUCACAACAUACUUCUCUUCAAAUGUUACUCGCGAAGAUACAGAACUUAUCAGCGAAUGGAUGAAAGCUAAUAAGUUCGAAGCGUACAUUUGCCGUACAUUCAAAACUCUUGAGGAUGGCAAGACUGUGUAUAAUAUUAAGCUCGCCUCCGCCGAAACAGGGGAUAAGGAUGGUUUGACGAAACCCCCCGUUGAGUACAAGGGAUGCGUUUUCAAAAUUACUCGCGGGGAUUACAAUGAACUAAUGCAAAAGGUAGUAGACUACCUGAAAGAAGCUAAUGAGCAUUCCGCGAAUGAUAAUCAAAAGGAGAUGAUAAAUAAUUAUAUCGAAAGUUUCGCGGAAGGCAGCCUGGAUGCUCACAAAACUGGGUCGCGAUACUGGAUCAAGGAUAAAGGGCCGGUCAUUGAAACAUAUAUUGGAUUCAUUGAAACAUAUCGUGAUCCAGUUGGGCAACGUGGCGAAUUCGAGGGAUUUGUUGCCAUGGUCAACAAAGAGAUGUCGGCCAAGUUUGGCACGCUAGUGAAGAAUGCCGAAAACUUCAUAAAACUUCUCCCUUGGGGAGAAGAUUACGAGAAGGACAAUUAUUUAAAGCCAGAUUUCACUUCGUUGGAUAUUCUGACGUUCGCCGGUUCGGGUGUGCCUUGCGGAAUAAACAUUCCGAACUAUGAUGAAAUCCGUCAGGAUGAGGGAUUCAAAAACGUUUCAUUGGGAAACGUGUUAGCGAAUACAAAUAAAACCGAUACGAUACCUUUUCUGUCAGAGGAAGAUCAAGCCUUGAUGAAACGUUACAAGGCGACUGCAUUUGAGGUGCAAGUAGGACUCCAUGAAUUGUUGGGUCAUGGCAGCGGAAAGCUAUUGCGGGUUAACGAGAAGGGUGAGUUUAACUUCGACCGCCAGAAAGUAAAAAGCCUGCUUGAUGGGGCAGAAAUUAGCUCUUGGUAUGAACCAGGCGAAACUUACGAUUCAAAAUUCAAGUCAUUGGGAUCGAGCUACGAAGAGUGUCGCGCUGAAGCAGUUGGUUUAUAUCUCAGCCUUAAUAGAGAUAUUCUGAAAAUAUUUGGUCACACGGAUGAGCAGGAAAUUUCGGACAUAAUUUACGUCAAUUGGUUGCUGCUAGUUUGGGGAGGUGUCGGGGUAGCUAUGGAACUGUACAACCCAACGCAAAAAACUUGGCUUCAGGCUCACUACCAAGCACGGUUCGUGAUUAUGAAAGUAUUGCUGGAGGCUGGAGAAGGUUUGGUCAACGUGGAGGAAACCGAACCGGGUAAAAAUCUACUGCUUAAGUUCGAUCGCAAUAAGAUUGAAACUGUCGGAAAGGAGGCCAUCAAGAAGUUUCUGCUUAAGCUACAGUUUUAUAAAUCUACCGGAGACGUAUUAGGUGCUACUAAGAUGUACAAUCACUAUUCGGAGGUGCCUGAGGACGGACCGUAUCCGUGGGCCAAAUGGCGUGACAUUGUGCUGUUGCACAAGAAGCCUCGGAUGAUAUUUGUGCAAGCGAAUACCGAGCUGCCUGAGGCAGGCACUGUUCAGCUAAAAACGUACGAGUCCAAUUUCGACGGGUAUAUCCAGUCCUGGUUGGAUCGGUUCCCCAGCGUUGAGAUCGACGAAAUCCUGGAGCGGGUUUACGAGCAAAACAAAGCAUAUUUUGCAGAUCUCUACUGAUAUGUGACUCAUGCUUUGAAUUGUGUAUUUUUUGAAGUGGAUCAUUCAUAUAAAAAUAAAUAUAUCUCAAAAAACUCGUUUUUUGG